AUGUCCGCAGCCGUGGUUGCAGAACAGCACCCACCACCGUCAUCAUGGACGAAAGCGCGGCGCUUCUUCUCCGGAGGCAAGCGAUCGAGUCGCGCCGGUAGUUCAGUCAGGGGCGGCGAAGCUGAUGGGGCUGCCCAGCCUUACCACCUCGAGGACGAUGAUGCAAAGGAUCAGGGAGGUCGCUCAAGUCCUGCGCCCGCCACUACGGCCGGCGGUGGUAAGGGCAAAGAGCCUGCAGCCGCCGCAGCUGUGACGGACGCAGCGACUCAGCCGGCAGAGCAGGACAAGCAAGACGCUGCGCUUGCUUCUCAGCCAGAACGGGGCGACGCAACUCCAGCCGCUGAGGGAUCAACUGCGCAGAAAUCUCGUCGCAAUUCGCAAGCAUCCGCUGUGAGCGCUCCUGCUGGUGAAGGCGAGAGGGAUCAGCCUGCUAUAGAGCAAGAAGAAGACGAUGGGACUGGGGACGCACCGGCAGUAAUUGAGUUCCUCCACAAAGGAGCGCCCUACUUUUGGUUGAGCAAUCACUUCCUGAUUCCCAUUUACUACGAUGGAAUCAGGUACUCCUCAGCAGAGCAUCUCUUCCAAUCGCUCAAAUUCCCGCAUCGUCCGGACCUGGCAAAAGCCGUUCGCCGAGCAGAGACGCCUUCCGAGGCUGUGAGGGUGGCACGCAAGCAUGCGCCUGAUGUGCGAAAGGGCUGGAGGGCGGAGGGGCUCAAUGUCAUCGCAAUGAGAGAAGUCUUACUGCUCAAAUUCACGCAGCAUGGCGCCUUGCGCUCAAGGCUGCUACAGACGGGGGACGCCGACCUCAUCAAUGCUUCGCCUACCGACGUCUUCUGGGGCGCUGGUCGAGGCAUUGGAGCCUCCAAACCUGGCGUUGGGCGCAAUGAGCUGGGCAAGGCGCUCAAGGCUACUCGCAACCUGCUGGCCGAGUCUGCUGGCCUUGGCUGGGGCUCGGGCGCAAAGACUGUAUGA